AUGGACAGCGUCAUCGCCGGCACAAUCACUAUUGCGCUUGGUAUCUUUGGCUGCAUCAUCAAUAUCGUAGCGAUAGUGCAAACUCUGAAAGAAGCUUCACUGCAAAAAGAAUUUGGCUACCUCUGCGUAUCAAAAUUGACAGCCAACGUGGGGACGCUGUCACUCAACACUAUGUGGUCUGGUCCGGCAAUGCUUUUUCAUCUUGACGUAAACACUACAUCUUCAUUUGUUGGAGCGAGGUUUGUCGUUUCCUCGCAAUUGCUUUUCCUCUUCGAUACAGAAACUUGUACGCGGGGCGUAAAUAUGUGGUACACAUUGGCGGCUCCUGGGUUCUGGCUUUCAUUUUCGCGUCAGUUUAUUUCCGAGGAACUGAUGCGAACACGAACGACGUACUUUGCUAGACAACUUAUUGUUCUAAAGAAAAACGUCCGACUUUAUGUUCAGGGAUGUCUGAUGGCUGGCUGCUUUGCUGUCAUUGUUGUUUCUUUCCAUGUACUUGCACCCCAGGCGUCGAGUAAAUGGAAGGUUUUUGUUUUCACUCUGUGUAUCGAGGAGAUAGCAAAUACCGUAGUCGGACUAGUCAUACUGUUCUUCAACCGAAGUUUGACCUUCAGAAUAUGCACUUGAUACGUGGCAGAAGCGUAAUGCUUGGAGUGACAAAAAUGGCCAUACAGCUUACAC